AUGUCUCAUUCACAGAUACAAACCGAGAAUCGGGAACUGCCCUUAAAUCAGCCAGAGAACUGGCAAGUCAAGUUUCCUCGUUACAUGACAGAGCUUCCUGAAGGUGUCAAUGACAUUAGCAUCACUUAUAUCGGUAUCCAGCCUCGUCAUGAAGAGAAUCCUGCCAAGGGGAUACACACCAAGCUCCACGCCCACGUCACUUCUGCUGUUCAGAGAAAGGUCGUAACGAAAAUUGAGGAUUGGAUCCAGCAAGGAUCCGGAGAACUUGCUCCAAUCUUGUGGGAGAAAAUGUAUGUCGAAGCCGGCUACGAUCUCCCAGAUACAGAAAUAUAUAUUUGCUAUUGGACCGAUAAAGAUGUUGCCAUGGCAGCCACGAACAGUCUCAAUCUACAACAGCUGUAUAAAUCACUUUCGCUUUCAGAACAAGAAGUAGUGGGCUUAUGGCGAGAGUCAUUUUCAGUUCCAAAACCUCGGAUUGAAACAGUUUAUUCUGGAAAUGAUUAUCAGCCAGGCAUCGCUUCUAUCGCAGGUGCUACCCAAGUCGGCCACAAAUUCACUGGAUACUGGGGAGCGGCUCGCGAUCGAUUGCCAGCAUCAUCGCAUGACCUUUUUGAGCCAGAGUAUAAACUUGGCGCUCCAAACUUUGAAAAGGACACCAAAGGUCGUAUCAUUGAAGGAGAAAACAAGGUCUCCGUUGCUCAUAUUCGGUCCGGCCAGUUCUGGGAACGAUGCAAGGACGAUGAGAGAGAGGCAUACGAAAGCACACUUGAGCCCAUAUUGAGAGAGGGAAUGACAUUUCUCGAAGAGAAUGCGGAAGAGACAGGCGACAUCGGGCUGCGCUUCUCUCGUCAUAUGGUCACGAACCGACUUCUCCAAGCAGAAGAGACAGAAAAGACGGCUACAUUGAACGGCAAUGGAAAUACAGAUCGUCGAAGGCUCGAGACGUGCAGCAGCGGCUUCUUCCGCUCUCUCAGGGACAUCGAAGCGUGGUCUUCCAAGCACAAGACGCAUCACAGAAUAUUCCACGGAGCUCAUACCCACUCUACCAAAUUCGGCAAGACGACGUUCAAGUUCCGCUCUUGGCAUGAAAUGUCAGCUUUGAAGCCUGGCGAAUUGACGUUUGAGUACAUCAACUGCCACCCUAGGACGGGCCUGAUUCCAUUCUUUGAUGUGUGA